CAGCAACAGUUAAACACUAGCAGCAAUUGCUCGACUUCAGUUUGAAUAUAUAUCUAAAAAAAAAAAUACAUUCAAAAUCAGGCUUAAUUUCAAAUUGAACAGCGCGCAUUGGUUUUACGUUUAUCGUUUGCUCGUUUCGUUUCGCAUCCACUUAAGGACGUCUCCACGUCCACAAUUCCUUCGUAACAUGUUUGAUACAACGCUGGGCAUGCUCGUCAGCUGGCUGGCGCAGGCUGUCUGCCUGCUGCUGGGUCAGGCUUGGCAGCAUCCGCUCCUCACCACCGGGCUCUGUUUGCUGUUGAGUUUCUUUAACCAGGCCGACGAGCAGCUGCGCAAGGAGCUUGGCCAGGAGCUGCGCGAACGUGUCCAGGGCUUUAGCAAGCUCUACACUUUCUCCUUUCUCUCACGCAAGGGCGUAAAGGGCGUGGCCCGCAGCGCUAGCAGCAGCAGCAGCAACGGCAGCAACGGCUUUGACUACACCAUGCAGCAGGGACCGCACACCUGGACACAGGCCGGAAACAACCAGAGCCCCGUCAAUAUCGAUGAGCAGGUGGUGCAGCGUCUGGCCAUACGCGAGCUGCUCAACUGGAAUCAUUAUGACGAGCUGCCGGCCAGCAUUGUGCUGGAGAACACGGGCCAGACGCUGCUGCUGCGCGCCCAGUUUCGCAGCAAUGUGCCGACCAUCAGCGGGGCGGAUCUGCUGGCCAGCUAUACCUUUGUGGAGCUGUGCUUCCAUUGGGGCUGGUCGAACAGCGAGGGCUCCGAGCAUACGCUGAAUCAUCGCAAGUUCCCGCUGGAGAUGCAGGUGCUGCAUCGCACGGGCGCCGCAGUUCCACGGAGCUGCACCAGCAGCUACGAUCUGCUCAUGAUUGCCUAUGUCUUUGAGCUGUCCGCUCACAAUCCGUUCCUGGAUCCGCUCAUGCAGAAUCUCAAGCUGGUGCAGCAGCCCGGCAAGCGUGUCCACAUUGCGCCUUUUCCGCUCUCCUAUUUGAUUUAUCCGUUUCGCACGGGUUUCUAUAGCUACGGUGGCUCGUUGACGCAGCCGCCCUGCUACCAGGGCACCGAGUGGUUCCUCUUUCCCGAGUCCCUGGCCAUCAGCGACUUCCAGCUGCGCCACUUUCGCCAGCUGCUCAGCGCCGACGGCAUCACGCCUAUCGCACGCAACUCGCGUCCCGUCCAGCAGCUCGGCAAUCGCAUCAUAAAUCUCAACUAUUUCUGUCCCUACGAUGCCACACAGCUGGCUCGCAUGCGCCUGGAGCUGUUGCAGCAGCAGCAGCAGGAAAUUGAGGACGAGCAGGAGCAGUCGCAGCAGGAACAGGAGCAGCUGCAAAAACAGAUGCAACAGCUGCAGCAGCAACAACAACAGCAGCAACAACAGCAGCAGAUGCAGCAGCAGCUCAAGGUGCAGCCCACCGCGGUCAGUUCCGAUGAUGAGGGGCAGUUGGUCGAGACACUGGACACCACCACGACCAUAACCACCACCUCCAAUGCCAGCAUCUGCACUACAAUACUCAAACGCGACUCGGCCGAUCCGCAGCAGCAGCAGCAGCAGCAGCAGCAGCAGCAGCCGCUGCCCUCUUGCUGUCCAAAUUCCAUCAUCUUCUUUAGCUCCAACAACAGCAGCAGCAGCAACACCAACAACCCCAACAACAACAACAGCCUCAAUUUCCGGAACAUCGGCAGCAACGUGGACAACAACGGCAGCGAGGGCGACAACAACCUCGUCAACAAGUGCAACGGACACUUUCAGCUGGAGAAGAGCGAGGACAUGCUGCUGACAAUGCCCAGCGGCGUCGGCAUCUGCGGCAUGGGCGAUGGCCUCGGCGUGGUAGGAGUCGGCGUUGGCACCAGGCUUCAGCUGAUCGAGUAGCCGGCACGCAGAUUUGUUUUAUAUUUUUUUACGAGCACUUCAACUCUGUUUAAUCGGCCACAGCAAAUCCUCCAGCAGGAGCAGCGCCCCCAGCCGUCGUAACGAAAGGCGGAAUGCGCCGUCAGCGCCACCUGUUGGGCAUUUUGAGUAACUGAAUUUGAAUUGUCUGUGCGUGGAUUAAACAAGUUGCGUUUAUAUUUUCUAAAAGCAAAA